UUAAUCAAAAGUGCAUUAUAAAUAUGAGGGCUGUCAGUUUUGUUAAGAGAUUACAAUGGGAAUUACCAGGUACUAUAUGUAGACACGGAUUAACGGUAGGAGAUGUUGACAAUGAUGGGGAUAAUGAAUUAGUAGUGGGAACAGCAGAAGGAGAACUUUAUAUUUUUAAAGGAUCUGAAUUAUGGCAGAAAAUAACAGGCCUUGGGCUUGUAACUUGUGUAGCUAUAGGCGAUAUUUUUAAUUAUGGACGAAAUGCAUUGGUUGUUAUUUGUGGUGAUGGCUGGGCACAUAUUUUUUAUAGUCCAAGAUCUGUUAAUCCUAGUAAUGUACCAUCCUUAUUAACGCAAUUGCACAAAGAAGAUGAACAAGAAAAUCUUAAGACUGUUGCUGAUAUUGGUAGCAUUAUUAAUAUGACGAGCUCACCAAGUUCAGAACACGUAGAUAAUAUUAGUGAAAUAAACGAAUUGUCUGGGAAAAUGGAAUGCGUUCAUGUGCAAAGAAUACCAACAAAUACAAAGGUAGUGUUGGUAGCUGAUAUUGAUAAAGAUGGUGCAAAUGAAAUGAUACUUGGAUUAACAGACCGUGUUGUCAGAUCAUACAGGUGGUCCAGUAAUACAGAUUUCGGGACUGGUAGAUUAGUUGGUUUAAACAAAUGGGAAUGUGCCAAUCAAAUUGGAACAGUUACGCUACAGCACUCGAAAGAUGGAACUCCGACAUUGUUAGUUGCCCAGCCAGGUGGUACUUUCAUGAGAAUAAAAUGCAACGCGGAAGACCAUAGAUUAGAAAAUGAAUCAUGUGAAGGGGAUAACGAAGUAGCUGCGAGUUGUGUUGAUUAUCAAACUUUAGGAAUAUCUAGGAUGCGUAAUCCAAAUAUAUCUACUGAAAUUAUAGGAGAUCUCGAAUCAGGAAUGAUAUCGUUGAUGGCAUCGUUGGAAUCUAAAGUACCAAAAAAUAUCGUACAACACGAUACUCCAGCUAAACAAUCUUUCAUUGAUGACGGCCCGUCGAGUUUGAGAAAUAUCAAGUCUUUAUUGGUUGAAACUAAAUCGCAUCAUCAUCGAUCGGAACUAAAAAUUGGCAGUGUAGAUAUAGCAGGUGUUGAUCAAGUGGAUGGUAAUCUUUUGGGUGGUAAUGUUAUUCUUGGAGACUUUGACCUUAAGCCAAAGAAAGAUCUAUUGUUACCGACGUUCGAAGAUUUUUCUUUUAAUAAUAAUAAUAAUAAUAAUAAUAACAACAACAACAACAAUAUCAACAACAAUACUAAUAAUCAAGAAAUACAAAAUGAAAUAGAUAAAAAUGACGAGUUGGAUGAAUCUAAAGAAGAUUCUUCGAGAGGGAAGCCAUAUGCUCUUGCCACUUUGGACGGCACUAUAAUGUUGGUGAAGGAUGAAAAUAUAUUGUGGGCAAUGCAAGUGGAUCAUCAAAUAUUUGCCCUCUGCCGUUUGGAUGUAACCAACGAUGGUUCCGAUGAAAUAAUAGCCUGUGCAUGGGAUGGCCAAACUUAUAUCUUAGAUCAACAAAGAAAUAGCGUACGUUUUCAAUUCGAAGAACCAGUUCGAGCCUUUUGUACAGGCUAUUACAACGUAGUACAACGUACUUCUACACCUUGCCUCGUGUACAACACAUUUAAUAAUAAAAUAUUUCUUUAUUACGACGUAACGCUUCCAAAUAUGGUCAUUAGUCCAUUGAAUCCUUUGGUAGAUUUGGACGAAGAUGAACAGAAAAUUUUAGAUGAGAUAUUGAAGGGAUGCGAGGAAACUGAGAAACAACGUCGAAUGCAACAAUUAACGGAAUGGUUGUUAUAUGGAACGCAUUAGUAGAGUGGAUAGUGAAAGAGAAAAUAUAUAUCAUAUAUAUUCUUAUUAAAAUU